AUGAUUAUAUUCAAGAUUAUAUUCCUCUACGUCAAACACAUGGAUGAUCUUAAACGUGCCAUUCUGUAUUGCGGCAGUGCCUUUUUUGAUGGGUAUCAACUGCGAGAAGCCAUAGAGCAGAUGGAGCCAGCUGAGGCGCAGCGCAAUACUCGCUUCGAAAUAGAGGAACUGUUUAUCCACGCCAAGGUUUGCGUUCAGGAGCAACUUGAACCAGACGCUAACAGCACCGGCAUUCAUGAAUCUACGCAGCGCUAUGACAACCCGACUCUCGUAUUUUUGGAUAACAUAUCGUCACUCUUCGCAUUGCCAACUGUCGCCAAGUCAAAUGGUCAGCAGUUGCGCAGCCUAAUCGAUAAUGCAUCCGCAUUAUACAACUCGUUGCGUUCGUUGAGCUCCGAGCCACAGAUUUGCGAGGCCAUGCUCAUCUCCAUAGUUAUGGGCAAAGUGGACCAGGAGACUAAGAGGAAGUGGAAUGAGUCGCUGGACUACACUACGUUGCCUUCGUGGGACAAAUGGGUUGGAGUCGUUGAACGUCAUUGUCAAUAUUUGGAAUCGGAUAAGAAGCCUCCUGCUGAAGCCCCUAUGAGUCAACCAGGAGGCCAUAGCCAACUGCCCGUCGACGCGGAGGUGCCACUCAUGUGCACUACCGCAUCACUCGCUGCUUCAUCGGCCAUCGCCAGGAUCGGCCGCAGCUCCCUUGCCACUCCCUCAAGCGGAGCCUGUACAAGUUUCGGAUGCGCAGUCGCGCAUACUCACACGGAGUCUCGUUCCGACAGUGUCAUUCUGGCCACGGCACUGAUUCUGGUCAAGGAUGCAUCUGGAAGCUACAAAAUAGGAAGAGCGCUUUUGGAUUCAUGUUCUCAGGUGAAUUUCAUAUCCGAGGAGUUUGCCAAAAGACUUCGACUGCCACGGAGCAAGCUCAACCUCGAGAUUCGUAGCAUUGAAUCGGAAAUUGACAUUUCUGCGUGGAACUUUCCGCAGCACUCAUCUCUUGCUGACGAGAGCUUCAACAAGUCUCGUCGGAUCGAUCUGCUUUUGGGGACGGAAACCUUCUUCGAUAUAUUGGCAGUCGGCCAAAUUAAAUUAGGAAAGGAUCUGCCCGUACUACAAAAAACACUACUUGGAUGGAUAGUGUCUGGUCGAUGUCGAGCUCAUCCUAGAACACUCCAUCAGUACUCAUCUAUCGCAUUAACAGAAAUUGACCAAAAAAUGGAACGGCUAUGGCGCAUCGAUCAUGUGGAGCCUCCUGAGAUCACACUUACGCCAGAGCAGCGAAACUGUGAGGAGUUCUACACCAAAACGGUACGACGUAAUUCAGAUGGUCGAUUGGAAGUACGAUUUCCAUUUAAAGAUGAACAUACCGUUCUCGGAGCCUCAUUCGACAUUGCCAAAAGGAGAUUCCUCUCCCUCGAACGCAGCCUAUGCAAAAGGCCUGAGGUAGGGGCCAAAUAUGUUGAAUUUAUGCAGGAGUUUCAAAAUCUGGGACACAUGAGUCCCCACAUCAACAAAGCUCAGAGUGGUUUUCGACGCAUCUUGCAAGACGACGUCCCAGAAAUCGCUCAACGACAUUCUGAUGGUCGGGCCGACUAUUCAGCCAGAAAUUUAUACACUACUCCUGCGUUUUCCUAUGCCAUCACUGCUGAUGUGGUCAAGAUGUUCCGCCAAGUCAACAUGUUUGCCGAGGAUCGCAGAUUCCAAUACAUUCUUUGGAGAGCGUCGCCAUCGCAACCAUUGAGCUCCUUCGAAUUGAAUACUGUAACUUAUGGCACAGCGGCUGCACCGUAUCUAGCCAUACGCAGUUUGUCAUAUCUAGCCGACAAAUUCAUGGACAAAUUGGAGAUUGGAGCUAAAGCCAUCAAAUCGUCUUUCUAUGUGGAUGACUUCCUAGGUGGAGCGGAUACGGUAGAGGAGCUACAUCAAAUCAAAAGGGAAGUUACAGCGAUUCUACAGGAUGGCCAAUUAGAACUCGCAAAAUGGCAUUCAAAUCACUGCAAGUUUGUCGAUGACGCUACAGUCAAGCAUUUGCAGUUGGACGACGAAAUGCUAACCAGCACACUUGGCCUAAAAUGGGACCAAGUACGGGACACAUUCCUGUUCUCGUUCUCGCCAAGAUUCGAUUCGGACCACGUCACCAAACGCUCCAUUUUGUCCAUAGCCUCUUCGCUGUUUGAUCCGUUGGGAUUAGUUACUCCCAUCAUCAUAGUGGCAAAAAUUAUCCUCCAGGAGCUGUGGCUCCUAAAACUACAUUGGGACGAGUCAGUACCCCAAGGCAUUCAUACAGCUUGGAUGUCCCCGCUUGCAUCGCUUUCGUCGUUGGAGUCUGUAGCAAUACCAAGAUAUUGCCUCCAAUCAGCGAUACAUACUUUUCAAAUACACGGCUUUUGUGACGCCUCCAUUCGAGCGUAUGGAUGCUGCAUCUACGCUCGCACAAUCGGAUCAGAUGGGCUGACCAAGGUACAGCUAAUCACAUCGAAGUCCAGAGUUGCUCCCACCAAGAAGCUAUCUCUGCCGAAAUUAGAACUGUGUGGAGCACAUUUGUUAGCACAGCUCUACAAAAAAAUCGUUAGAAUCUUCGCUGACAGAAAGACGACUUCGUUCUUAUGGUGCGAUUCUCAAAUUGUUCUACAUUGGAAUCGCCAACACUCGGCCACCUUAUCAACCUUUGUCGGCAAUCGAAUUGCCGAAAUUCAAGAACUCACGUCAGAUUGCCACUGGAGACAUGUACCUACUCACUGCAACCCGGCUGAUAUCUUGUCCAGGGGCUGCACUAUCACCGAGUUGGAACAAUCGAUAUGGUUCGAGGGACCUGAGUUCCUAGGCCAAGAUCAUCAACAUUGGCCAAAGGACAGUCGAGACAACAGUGACAUUAAUAUGGAAACUGUCCAACUGGAGAAGAGAAAAUCAGCCUUUGCCGUACACACGACUAGUAAUCAACUGCUUGAAGGAAUCUACAAGAUCAGUUCGCAUCAUCGCUGCCUUCUAGUUAUCGCUUGGAUGUACAGAUUUACUCAGCGCUGCCGUAAACUAACGCCAUUCCAAUCACCUUCGCCGACGCCAGCAGAACUGAUGCGGGCGCUACAUUGCAUCGUCUGGAAUAUUCAAACUAUUCACUUCGCUCAAGAGAUGUCCUCGGUCCUGAAGGGCCAUCCGAUUCGCACAAACCUUAAAAAUUUUAGUCUCAUCCUCCAGGUUACAGAUGGCUUCCAAAUGCUAAAGGUCGGAGGGCGCCUGGAGCUAGCAGACUACCCAGAAACCCAAAAGCAUCCUGUGCUGCUCCCAGCUAAGGAUCCAUUUGUGUCACAGUUCGCUCGCCAUCUUCAUCUACAGAACUAUCACGCCGGGCCACGGACGCCCGUCGCUUUAAUUAGAAAACAGUUCUGGAUAGUGAAUGCAAGGGACUUGGCGCGACAAGUCGUUCGCUCAUGUAUACAUUGUCGCCGCUAUCGACCAACUCUCGAAAGGCAGCUAAUGGGCCAACUGCCUAAAGAGCGGAUCACACCCUCUAAACCAUUUUCAAGAUGCGGAAUAGACUUUUGCGGACCAAUCAACGUCUAUUUGCGCAUCCGGGGUAAGCCGCCUACCAAGGCCUACCUAGCCGUCUUCGUUUGCUUUGCCACGAAGGCGAUACAUGUCGAAGUGGUAUCGGAUCUCACGACGGAUAGCUUCAUUGCAUCACUAAAGCGUUUUAUUGCCCGACGCGGACAUCCCUCGGACAUAUUCUGUGACAACGGUACAAAUUUCGCAGGAGCUAAGAACAAGCUCGAAUCGUUGAAGCAGUUUCUGUUUAAAGACGAAACAACAAAAACAAUCCACUAUUCCUGUCGCUCAGAGUUCAUUAACUUCCACUUUAUUCCACCCAGGGCUCCACACUUCGGGGGCAUAUGGGAAGCUGCAGUAAAAAGUGUCAAGGGACUACUCAAUCGCACUCUUCGAGACACCAGGUUAACCUUCGAGGAGUUAGCCACUGCAGCUGCUGACGUCGAGGCGAUCCUGAACUCUCGCCCGUUAACGCCGCUCUCAUCAGACCCAAACGACCUGGCCGCUCUCACGCCUGGCCACUUCUUAGUGGAUGACGCACUCCGAGCACUACCGGAACUUCCACCAAUCGACGACAACCUGGACAAGUUGGAUCGAUGGAAAAGGGUCAGCGCACUCAAACAUCACAUCUGGAGUCGCUGGAGCCACGAGUACAUCAACGAGCUCCAAGUUCGCACAACCUGGACGAAGACUUCACCAAAUUUGGCUGUCAACGACAUGGUCAUCGUUCACGAGGAUAAUCUCCCCCCACAACGGUGGCUUCUUGGGCGCAUAGUCAGCACGAUUGCAGGAGCGGACAACAUCGUGCGUGUAGCCGACGUACGCACUGCCAAGGGAAUCAUCGGCCGCCCUAUACGGAAACUCACCUUAUUACCUGUCUCUUGA